AAGGGGAACAGAGCCAGGCCCCGGCCAGAGGCUGCAGUCGGAGCUGUAUGGGACGAAGCGGUGCCACGGGUCUGCUCCCAGUACCCAACAUGGGGUUGGCUCUGCUCCUCCAGGCCUGCACCCUCACCCUGGCCACCAGCGCCAUGGCCCCUGAUCUCCACAAGGAGCACGAGGCCAUGAGCUACCUGCAGCAGUUUGGCUACCUGCAGAAGCCACUGGAGACGCUGGAGGACGAGUUCACCAAGGAGGAGGUGGCCAAGGCCUUAAGGUCCUUCCAGCAGGCCUUAGAGCUGCCCGUCACCGGCCGCCUGGAUGCAGCCACGCUGGCGCGGAUGCAGGAGCCGCGAUGUGGGGUUGAGGACCCCUUCAACCAGAAGACCCUGAAGUACCUGCUGCUGGGCCGCUGGCGGAAGAGGCACCUGACGUACCGGCUCUAUGGCCACGCACCAGACCUGGGCCCCCCCAGUGCCACUCGCGCUGCCAUCCAAGCCGCCUUCCGCUACUGGAGUAACGUGGCGCAGCUCAGCUUCAGGGAGCUGCGGCAUGGCUGGGCAGACAUUCGCCUCUCCUUCCACGGCACCGCACCCUGGACCUGUUCCCGCCCCUUUGAUGGACCUGGGAAGGUGCUGGCACACGCUGAUGUACCCGAGGAGGGUACAGUGCACUUUGAUGAGGCCGAGCGUUGGACCGAGGGCUCGUACCGCGGCACCAACCUACGCCUUGUGGCCGCCCAUGAGAUAGGCCAUGCGCUGGGCCUGGGUCAUUCCCGCUACCCUGGUGCCCUCAUGGCCCCUGUCUACACCGGCUACCGGCCCGGCUUCCGCCUGCACGCUGACGACAUCGCUGGCAUCCAGGCACUCUAUGGCAAAAGGACCCCAAUAGCCACGACCCCGGAGCCGACACCGGCGCCAACACCGGCGCUGACCUCAAAGCCCCCCAGGCCCAGCCUGGCACCCGCCCCGGUACCUGACCCCUGCACGGACGAUCUGGACGCCAUGAUGCUGGGCCCCUAUGACAAGACCUAUGCCUUCCGGGGUGACUAUGUCUGGACUGUCACCGACUUCGGGGCCAACCCACUGCUGCCCGUGGGCGCCCUGUGGAAGGGGCUGCCUGGGCGGCUGGACGCAGCUGUGCACUCGCCCCUCACUGGGCGCAGCUAUUUCUUCAAAGGAGACAAGGUCUGGCGCUACCGUGGCUUCCAGCUGGACCCUGGCUACCCCAAGCUGCUGACCCGUACCCUCACCCACCUUGAUGCUGCCUUGUACUGGCCGGUCAACCAGAAGAUCUUUCUCUUCAAGGGCACCGGCUACUGGCAGUGGGACGAGCUGGGUUGGAGCCACCUCUCGAGCUCCCCCAGGCCCAUUGCCAGCCUCUUCACAGGCAUCCCGGCCCCACUGGAUGCGGCGCUGACCUGGACCAAUGGCCACGUCUACUUCUUCCGCGGCACCCAGUACUGGCGGGUGAAUGGGCAGCUACGGGCGGAGCGCGGCUACCCCCUCAGCACGGCUGAGCGCUGGAUGCAGUGCUAGGGCCCAGUGUGCAAUGGAGGAGGGGGGCAGGAACCCAGGCAUCCGGGCUGGGACUGGAACAAAAACCCUCCAUGGGGUUGCACAAUAAACCCACUGGAGUCCA